AUGGUUCUCAUUAUUCUUUUCCUUUCUGCUAUUCUUUCAUCCCCUUCCCUUGCCUCUAGUGCGAACGAUUUGUGUGUGGCAGACCUGAAGGGCCCACAAAGCCCUUCAGGUUAUAACUGCAAGCCACGAAACACAGUAAUAACAGAUGACUUUGUGUCUAACUUAAAAGACAGCCCAAGCGCGUUCGUUACUGAUAUGCCUGGUCUCAAUGGUCAAGGUAUCGGUUUAGCACGUGCAGAACUGGUUCCUGGUGGAAUGUUUGGGAUGCACACUCAUCCUGGUGCCUGUGAACUCAUAAUCGUGGAGAAAGGUGAAAUAACUGUUGGAUUCAUGAGUUCUAGGGAAGCUUACGUGAAAACGCUGAAAGUGGGAGAUGUUAUAGCUAUCCCACGAGGACUGUUGCAUUUUGUUUUGAAUACUGGUAACGAGAAUGGCACUAUCACUGCAUUUUAUGGCAGCGAAAACCCUACUUUCCAAUAUCUUGGUAACCAAUUAUUUGGAACCGACGUGGCUUCUGAUAUAAUUGCACAAACUACCCCCAUUGACAUGUCUCAAGUCAUCAAGCAGAAGGCUCUUUUCGGUGGCACCGGCUAG